GCAACCUGGGAACGGGACAGAAAACGUGGGGCCCCUCCCUCCGCUCUCCUGCCCCCAGAGCCUCAGACAUACAGGGUUCACUCCCUGCUCCCCGUGGGGCUGACUCUGUCCCCCAGGCCCUCACAUGCUCAGCAGGCACACAGCUUCACAAGGGGAAGGCCACCCCAGGAGCAGCCUUGCAAAGCUCCGGGCCCUGGCUUUGUUUCUACUUUUUGCUGAAGUUCAGAAAACCCCCCAAUGGACACAGGAGGUACCCCUCAGUAGUCCCCAGGGCAACGCCCAGCCUAGAGCAGUGCCGUCCCUGGGGUCAGGGCCGAGGUCAGGGUCAGCAGAGCCUGAAGGUUUCCUGGGGCUCCUGGACGUCCAGAGAGGGUGACACUUCACCUGUCCCAGGCUCUCUGGGACCUGUCUGCUUGUUCCCUCCAGGCUCGUGCCCCAGCUCUGCCUCCAGCCAAAGCAUGAAUGGCCUUGAGCUGGCCUCCUCAGGUCUGAUCACCAACUCCUCGCUGGCCACCGCAGAGCAAUGCGGCCAGGAGACGCCGCUGGAGAAUGUCCUCUUCGCCUCCUUCUACCUCCUGGAUUUCAUCCUGGCUUUUGUGGGCAAUGCCUUGGCCCUGUGGCUUUUCAUGCGGGACCACAAGUCGGGCACCCCUGCCAACGUGUUCCUGAUGCACCUGGCCGUGGCCGACCUGUCCUGUGUGCUGGUCCUGCCCACCCGCCUGGUCUACCACUUCUCCGGGAACCACUGGCCAUUCGGGGAAAUCCCGUGCCGACUCACCGGCUUCUUCUUCUACCUCAACAUGUACGCCAGCAUCUACUUCCUCACCUGCAUCAGCGCUGACCGCUUCCUGGCCAUUGUGCACCCCGUCAAGUCCCUCAAGCUCCGCAGACCCCUCUAUGCCCACCUGGCCUGCGCCUUCCUCUGGGUGGUGGUGGCCGUGGCCAUGGCCCCGCUGCUGGUGAGCCCGCAGACCGUGCAGACCAACCACACGGUCGUCUGCCUGCAGCUGUACCGGGAGAAGGCCUCCCACCACGCCCUCGCGUCCCUGGCCGUGGCCUUCACCUUCCCGUUUGUCACCACGGUCACCUGCUACCUGCUGAUCAUCCGCAGCCUGCGGCAGGGCCCGCGCGUGGAGAAGCGCCUCAAGAGCAAGGCGGUGCGCAUGAUCGCCAUGGUGCUGGCCAUCUUCCUGGUAUGCUUCGUGCCCUACCACGUGCACCGCUCCCUCUACCUGCUGCUCUACCGCGGGAGCACCUCCUGUGCCGCCCAGCGCGCGCUGGCCCUGGGCAACCGCGUCACCUCCUGCCUCACCAGCCUCAACGGGGCGCUCGACCCCGUCAUGUACUUCUUUGUGGCCGAGAAGUUCCGCGACGCCCUGUGCAACCUGCUCUGCGGCCGGCGGCUCUCGGGCCCGCCCCCCAGCCUGGACGGCAAGACCAACGAGAGCUCCCUGAGCGCCAGGUCUGAGCUCUGAGACCGGACCCGCCGGCCAGCCGCAGACUGUCGCAGAAGGGCAGCUCCCCGGGGGGCUCCAGCUUCUCCCAAACGCACAGGAGAAGCUCCCCUCUCCCCAGCUGCCCCGAGAUGGGAAACAGAAAUCUCAGCAGGUCACGACCCUUCCUCCAAGGUCCAAACUAAUCAUCCAGCGCUGAGUUCUGGCUUAUACCUAAUACAAAACUCCCUAAAAAGGGAGAACUGACUACAGGGACCACUGGCCACCCCUCCGCAGACUGUGGUGGCCCUGUACCCUUACGGCUCUAGAUCCUGGGGGCUUCACCCUGCGGUGAGGAGGAACGUUCAGGCCCCCGCCUCCUCCCCACUACAGAAAGGCACUGUGGCCCCGGCUCUGCAGAAAGGAGCCCCGAGGGCAAACGGCCCAGAAGAGGGGACGUGGGAAUCUUGGUGGGUGGAGCAUCUAAAUAUUUCCUUUGAAGUGCAAGGUGUUCUGAGUUCCCAUUGUGGCACCUUUGCCAGAUGGCCCCUGAGUUCAGGGGACAUGAACUAUAAAUUACAGCUGAACACGGUAAGUCAUUUCAGGCUGGCCACCAGCUGACACCCAGCACACAUGGCCUGUGGGGACAUCAGUUCUUGACCCCCCCGUUAUAACCCACACACAGACCCACAUGUGGGUUGACAAGCCCCAGAGCUUCUGGGUAGCUGCACAGCCCCUCCCGAGCCCUGGUCGAGGACAAAGCAAGGGCGGACAGUCUCAGGGAGCCGAGCUUUGUCACUGCCUGAGGUCGCCGUGGUCGCCGGGGUCUGCCACGUGAACGUGUCUUCCGCUAACUCAGCCCCAGCAGGGGCGUCCUUAGCCCCGCUCCCUCCCAAGAGGCCUCUACCACCUUGGCCACCAAGCUCCCUUCUGCUUCACUUCAUAGCCCUAACAGGUCCUUUUCUGUACUUGAUUAUACUGAUCAUAAACAUAAUGGACAUUAAGACUCUGAAGGUUACUGUUUUGGUUAACACAACACCCUUCCCAGAACUUCUCUUCCCCCCGACCCGAGAACGGCGAAGUGGAGGCGAAGGCAGCAGAGGCAAGGGCUGCGCAGGCCCUCAACUGUGCUCCGGCGGCCGCACGGCCUGCCUGGCCCCCGCGGACUCCGAGUCCUGCAUCGUGGGCUUCAGAG